AGUGUUGUGAAGAAGAAGCCAUUGGGUUUGGUUUUUGGGAGACUGAGUUUUAAUUUUUGUUUAAUUAAUAAAUAAAAAUAAAUAUAGUUAAUUUUUUUUCUUUGGGGGGUGUUUUUUUUUAAGGUUCUCUAUAAAGCUAACAACAAAAACAUCUACGCAAAUGUCCCAAGAAUCUGAUCAAGAAGACGUAAUAAAGGCAGUGGAGGAAUGGCGUUGGUCCGAAAUGCAAGGUCUUGAGCUCGUCUCCGCUUCCAGCAAAAGCCCACCAAACCCAGAAACAGAGACGCCGGAGAUGGAGAAUUCCGGUGGCCCUCCGCCGUCACCUCCGCCUCCUCCGCCGUCGUCUGCGGCGGUGGAAGAGCCCAGGAAGGAGGAGAUUCCGGGUGUUGCGUUCAAGGAGCUCUUCAGAUUCGCCGACAGUUUGGAUUAUGUCUUGAUGGGUAUUGGUUCAGUUGGGGCCUUCGUCCAUGGCUGCUCUCUGCCUCUGUUUCUCCGUUUCUUCGCUGAUCUCGUCAACUCCUUUGGUUCAAAUGCUAACAACGUCGAUAAGAUGAUGCAAGAAGUCCUCAAGUAUGCUCUUUACUUCCUGGUGGUCGGUGCUGCAAUCUGGGCAUCUUCAUGGGCAGAGAUUUCGUGUUGGAUGUGGACAGGAGAGAGACAGACGACGAAGAUGAGGAUAAAAUACUUAGAAGCAGCUCUGAACCAAGACAUCCAGUUCUUCGACACCGAGGUCCGAACCUCCGAUGUCGUUUUCGCCAUUAAUACCGACGCUGUCAUGGUUCAAGACGCCAUCAGCGAGAAACUGGGCAAUUUCAUCCAUUACAUGGCGACAUUUGUGUCGGGAUUCGUGGUGGGUUUCACCGCAGUGUGGCAAUUAGCACUCGUGACGCUGGCUGUGGUUCCAUUAAUAGCUGUGAUCGGAGGAAUUCACACUGCUACUCUGGCUAAGCUCUCUAACAAGAGCCAAGAUGCUCUUUCCCAAGCUGGGAAUAUCGUCGAACAGACAGUGGUGCAAAUCAGGGUCGUGCUGGCAUUCGUCGGCGAAUCUAGGGCUCUUCAAGCUUAUUCCUCUGCUCUGAGAAUUUCUCAGAAGAUCGGAUACAAAAUUGGUUUGGCUAAAGGAAUGGGAUUAGGCGGAACUUACUUCGUUGUCUUCUGUUGUUACGCCUUGUUGCUUUGGUACGGUGGUUACCUUGUUCGUCACCACUCCACCAAUGGCGGUCUCGCCAUUGCCACCAUGUUCGCCGUCAUGAUCGGCGGCUUGGCAUUGGGUCAAUCAGCUCCGAGCAUGUCGGCGUUCGCGAAAGCGAAGGUCGCUGCUGCGAAAAUCUUCAGAAUCAUCGAUCACAAGCCAUCGAUAGAGCGAAACAGCGAGUUGGGCUUGGAGCUUGACUCAGUUACAGGACUCGUCGAGCUAAAGAGCGUUGAUUUCUCGUACCCAUCGAGACCAGAUGUCAAGAUCCUUAACAACUUCUCACUCUCCGUUCCUGCCGGAAAGACCAUAGCUUUGGUCGGAAGCAGCGGAUCCGGUAAAAGCACCGUGGUCUCGCUCAUCGAGAGAUUCUACGACCCGUCCUCGGGUCAAGUUCUGCUCGACGGGCACGAUCUGAAAGGGUUGAAACUGCGAUGGUUAAGACAGCAAAUCGGGCUCGUGAGCCAAGAACCCGCAUUGUUCGCCACAACCAUAAAGGAAAACAUCCUUUUGGGCCGACCCGACGCCGAUCACGUCGAGAUCGAGGAGGCGGCUCGAGUGGCCAACGCUCAUUCCUUCAUCGUCAAGUUACCCGACGGGUUCGACACCCAGGUGGGGGAGAGAGGGUUGCAGCUUUCGGGAGGGCAGAAGCAGAGAAUAGCGAUAGCUCGGGCGAUGCUGAAGAAUCCGGCGAUACUUCUCUUAGAUGAGGCGACGAGCGCUUUGGAUUCCGAAUCCGAGAAACUCGUUCAGGAGGCGCUGGAUCGUUUCAUGAUCGGGAGGACGACUCUCGUCAUCGCUCACCGCCUUUCCACCAUCCGAAAAGCCGACCUCGUCGCCGUUCUUCAGCAGGGAAGCGUCUCGGAGAUCGGGACUCACGACGAGCUUCUGGCCAAGGGUGACAACGGAAUCUAUUCCAAGCUUAUCAGGAUGCAAGAGGCCGCUCAUGAAGCUGCCAUGAACAAUGCCAGAAAGAGUAGUGCAAGACCAUCGAGCGCUAGAAACUCCGUGAGCUCACCGAUAAUCGCUCGGAACUCAUCAUACGGAAGAUCACCAUACUCGAGGAGACUAUCCGAUUUCUCGACGUCGGAUUUCAGCCUAUCGCUCGAAGCUUCUUCAUAUCCGAACUACCGUCAUGAGAAACUCGCGUUCAAGGAUCAAGCGAGCUCGUUCUGGCGACUCGCGAAGAUGAACUCUCCCGAAUGGAAAUACGCUCUCGUCGGAUCGGUCGGCUCUGUCAUCUGUGGAUCCCUCAGCGCGUUCUUCGCCUACGUACUCAGCGCCGUCCUUAGCAUAUACUACAACCCGAACCACGAGUACAUGAUCCGAGAGAUCGAUAAAUACUGCUACCUCCUUAUCGGCCUCUCUUCCUCCGCUCUUCUCUUCAACACACUCCAGCAUUCAUUCUGGGAUAUCGUUGGCGAGAAUCUUACGAAGAGGGUUCGGGAAAAGAUGCUCGCAGCUGUUCUCAAGAACGAGAUGGCUUGGUUUGAUCAAGAAGAGAACGAGAGCGCAAGAAUCGCCGCGAGGUUGGCCCUCGACGCGAACAACGUGAGAUCGGCCAUUGGGGACAGGAUUUCUGUCAUCGUUCAGAAUACGGCAUUGAUGCUCGUCGCUUGCACCGCUGGUUUCGUCUUGCAAUGGAGACUUGCUCUCGUCCUCAUUGCUGUCUUCCCCGUCGUCGUUGCAGCUACUGUUUUACAGAAAAUGUUUAUGAAGGGAUUCUCGGGGGAUCUCGAAGCGGCACAUGCCAAGGGCACGCAGCUCGCGGGCGAGGCUAUAGCGAAUGUUCGGACUGUCGCUGCAUUCAACUCCGAGUCAAAAAUUGUUCGUCUCUUCACUGAAAAUCUAGAACCACCGCUGAAACGCUGUUUCUGGAAAGGUCAGAUAGCAGGCAGCGGGUAUGGAGUCGCCCAGUUCGCUCUCUAUGCUUCGUACGCUCUUGGGCUAUGGUAUGCGUCGUGGCUCGUGAAGCACGGGAUUUCAGACUUCUCGAAAACCAUCAGGGUUUUCAUGGUUUUGAUGGUCUCAGCCAAUGGCGCAGCCGAGACGCUCACCCUGGCUCCUGAUUUCAUCAAGGGUGGACAGGCGAUGCGUUCAGUUUUCGAGCUCCUCGACCGGAAAACCGAGAUAGAACCCGACGAUCCUGAUACCACCCCAGUCCCCGACAGGCUUCGAGGCGAGGUUGAGCUCAAACACAUCGACUUCUCUUACCCUUCACGACCCGAUAUCCAGAUUUUCCGGGACCUCAGCCUCCGUGCCAGGGCUGGGAAAACUCUAGCUCUCGUUGGACCGAGCGGAUGCGGCAAAAGCUCGGUUAUCACGCUGAUUCAAAGAUUUUACGAGCCAUCAUCGGGUAGAGUCAUGGUCGAUGGGAAAGACAUCCGAAAAUACAAUCUCAAGUCACUGCGGAAACACAUCGCCAUAGUUCCUCAAGAGCCAUGCUUGUUCGCGACGACGAUCCGCGAAAACAUCGCCUAUGGCCACGACGAAAACCCGACCGAGGAAGAGAUCGUACAAGCUGCGACUCUGGCAAACGCCCACAAAUUUAUCUCUUCGCUACCCGAUGGAUACAAAACGUACGUAGGGGAGAGAGGAGUUCAGCUUUCGGGAGGGCAGAAACAGAGGAUUGCCAUAGCCCGAGCCCUCGUUCGGAAAGCCGAGAUCAUGCUCCUCGACGAGGCGACGAGCGCUCUGGAUGCGGAAUCGGAAAGAUCGGUACAGGAAGCGUUGGAUCACGCGUGUUCGGGGAGAACGACGAUUGUCGUGGCUCAUCGAUUGUCGACGAUCCGAAACGCGAACGUGAUCGCGGUGAUCGACGACGGGAAAGUGGCGGAACAAGGGUCGCAUUCUCAUCUUCUGAAGAAUUUUCCGGACGGAAUCUACGCGAGAAUGAUACAGUUGCAGAGAUUCACGCAUAGUCAAGUGAUCGGAAUGACUUCUGGUUCGAGCUCGAGAGCUAAAGAUGAUGAUCCCAAAGAGAAUUAGAUCCGUACGGAAAGAUGAAACAGGGGAACGAUCUGUACGGACACUUGAAUUACUAUUUUUUUUUUUUGCUUAUUUUUGGAACUAUGAUAUCAGAUUUGAUGGUAUAGUGUUUUGUGUAUUAUGAAAUUAUUAUGAUAUCAUCUUCUAAUUUUUCAA